CAUUAGGUCUACCCGUCCUUCCCCAAACACCCCACAAAGGACCGCAAGCUGAAGGUGGCAUGGGUAGGAGACGGGAACAACAACGUGACACACUCUCUGGUCAUCGCUUGUGCGAAGUUGGGUGUGGACAUGGCCGUAGCCGCACCAAAAGGAUAUGAGUGCCUGGAUGAGGUAGUUGAAGACGCCAAGGAUAUGUGCAAAGAGAGUGGCGCUGAGAUUACAUACACAAAUGACCCCAAGGUAGCGGUGGAGGGCGCUGACUUCAUAACAACCGACACAUGGGUGAGCAUGGGUGAUGAACACAAGAAAGACGAGAAACUUAAGUCGUUUGAGGGCUAUCAGGUGACGGAAGAGCUGUGCAAAGGAGCGGACAGCGACUGGCACUUUCUGCACUGUCUUCCCAGACAUCCUGAGGAGGUGGAUGACGAGGUCUUCUACAGUAAACGGUCGCUGGUUUUCCCUGAAGCCGAAAACCGCAUGUACACAGUCAUGGCUGUGAUCUUGUUCCUUAUGCGCGAGACUGUAUGAAACAGCUCAUACAUGCAGAAUCAAUAAAGUGUGCAUAAGCAUCACCUAUGGUUAGUGGAUUGAUAUAGUGUGCAUAUACAUAAC